UCGAAUGUUCCGCUUCAUGAACCACUGUUUUCUUUUAUCAGCUGGUGUGCAUGCAGACACUUGAAUGUUUUGUAAUUGCUUCAUAAAUCUUCUUUCUACUGUAAUUAGUAGACUUUUCAGUUUGUUCUUUGUAACACGCUGGUUCUUUUACUUUGACAGUGUACUGUAUCAUAAAGAAAGUUGUCAUAUAGUGAAAUGAAAAUAUUAUGUAUUAGUGGUUUGUUAUGUGACCAAAAGUUAGUCAUGCUAAAAUAAACAGUACAAAGUUCAAUUUCACAAACUUGUAUUUCCUCUGACUAUUGUAUUGAAACUAUUCAGAUUAGAUCUACUUGAGUAGAAACGUUGAAACAUUAUUAUUGGAAGAGCUUGACAAGUUCGGUGGUACGUUAUAGUUUUCACUCUUUAAGACAGGAAGAAACAAACUAUAAGAUGACGCUGUACAUUUGUUUACAAAAGACCAUUUUCUUUGGAAUUGGUGGUGUAUUUUUUGUGGUCGGACUCAUGAUGGCCUGCCUUUGGCCCGUCAUAUACAACAAUGUCUUGAGAACACAACUGGCUAUUUCGGAAAAAUCCAAAACCUUUGAAAUGUGGUCAGAAACACCAAUUCCAAUGUACAUAGACAUAUACCUGUUCAAUUGGACAAAUCAUGAACGUACGCUGAAAUAUAAAGAAAAGCCUAUCCUGCAACAAGUUGGGCCAUAUGUUUUCAGUGAGCACAGAUCGAAAGUAGACAUAAAAUGGGAAGACGAUGCGACGAUGUUUUACCACAACAGACAUCGAUGGAAUUUUCACCCUGAGCUUUCCAAUGGAAAUUUGACUGACAAUGUAACAAACUUGAAUGUUGUUCUCAUGACUAUAGGCAAAAUGUGCUCGAAACUUUCACUGAUAGAAAAGACAAUCGUAAAUGCAAUUCUCAAAAUCGAAGACAGCAUUGUGAUAAAAAAAAGCGUUGAUGAGCUGCUAUUUACUGGCUUCGACGACAACGUUUUGAAAAUAAUGAACACCCUCAGCAAACGCUUCCCAAAGCUUUUCCCGGCUUCUCCCGACAAAUUCGGAUGGUUCUACAAGAGAAACAUGUCGACCACAGCUGAUGGACUAUUUCAAAUGCAUACUGGAGUGGAUAACUUGUCGGAGCUUGGAAAUGUAGUCACUUGGAAUGGGCACAGCAAACUGAACUUCUACAAAGGACAUUGUCAAGAAAUAAAAGGUUCCCUUGGAGAACUGUGGGCUCCACCCUCUGAAGAUCAUAUCACUCUUUUCGCUACCGAUAUUUGCAGCGCAAUCAACAUGCAAUACUCGUCGGAGGUCCGCAUGCACAACCUGACCGGGAAGUCGUUUGUGGGCGGAGAGGACGUGUUCGACAACGGCACGCGACACGCGUCGUCGGCCUGCUACUGCAUGAAUGCGAACACGUGUCCGCGGUCUGGAGUGCGGGACGUGUCCGGCUGUCGGGACGGUGCGCCCGUCUUCAUUUCGUUCCCGCACUUCUACCUGGCCGAUCCCUACUAUAGUUCGGCCGUCGACGGUCUCGCUCCAAACGCUGACAACCAUUCGUUUGCGAUCACGCUUGAAAAGUUCUCUGGUGUUCCUCUGAUGGUGAAUGCUCGCUUACAAAUCAAUAUCCUGAUGGAACCAGUGGCUGAUAUGAAUGUGUUCAAAAACCUGCCGCAGAUCUACAUGCCGAUGAUGUGGUUCCACCAGCACGCGGAGAUGACUCCCGAGUUGGCCGCCAACCUGACUCCCCUGGCCGAGUUGGGCGCAAUGGGGCUGUGGGCGCUGAUGGCCCUCACCGCUGUUGGCCUCUCUCUCAUCAUCAUCGGCCUCGUACUCAACAUCAGGCGCCACAAGCGAGAGGACGCACUGAAUACAAUCGACCCUGCUCCUUGGCAGACGUGACAAUGAAACGAAGACUACUGUAUGCUCUAAAAAGACUGAAUUAGAGUAGCCAUCCAAGUUUAUGGAUUAGUUCCAUAUAUUUUUUCAAAUUCGUCCGAUUGAGUUCAACAUCUUGUGAAUUGGAAUGAAGUUGAAAUAAUAAUUCUUGCCCUACAAUAUAAUCAAAAACCUACAUUUUGAGGUAAAUAUGCUCAUAACUGUCGCAGAAUUUGUUGUAUGUUGUUUUGUAGUAAUGUAGUAAUUUGUCUGUUUGUAACAUAACUUGUUGAUGUCUCUGUUUCAUGUUUCUAGUAGUUGCUAAAAUUUGAUUGAAAUUUGUUACUUUUUUAAUAGUUUUGUUCACUAUCUAAUUGUAGAAGUACGUUUGACACUUAUAAUUUCUGUAUUCUGACUUUUUUUUGGAAACAUAACUUUUUUCUAUGUAAAGUAGUAGUUCCAGUAUUUCCAAGUAUCUACUUAAUUUCAUCACAGUGUAUAGUAAGUAAUAUCAUGAUAAGUACCAAAAAUAAAUAUAUAUAUUAUAGCCUUCAAUACAAAUAUCAUAUUAUAAUUUCUGUUGACAUUGACAUUGUAUUUAAUCAAAUCAACAUAUUCAUCUACUAACUCCAUCACAUUUCCAAUUCACCUAUUGUAUUAUAAACCAACUGUCUUAGUUGAAAUCACAAUCAAUAUUUUUGUAAUAAAUGUUUUGUUGAAGUUUU